AUGGUGGAAGGUGCAAUGGCGGGGUCCAAAAAGCCUGGGCCUUUGAGGAAAAGUGCGAGUUGUCAAAUGUACGCAGUUGCUCAUUUAAGCCACUUGAACUCGAGUAGAAGUGAUACAUCGACAUCGACCAGCUCGUCAUCAGAGAACUAUGAUACGCCACUCAGGAGGUUCAAUCGCAUUUUGCGGUCAUCUGUGGCGAGGCAUUGGACCUUCUUCAAGAGAGCUCGGCCGGAUUUUCGUUCCAGAGGACGAUCUGUGUCCGACACUGGACUUUGUGAGAUUGUUGAUGGCGGUCCAGACUUGGCGUACCUGGACAUCCCUGGUAUAUCUCCGAGACGCUCGUUGCAGACAUUUGGCAAGGAAUCAAAUGGUGCCCCCUCACUCUUUAUCACGUCGGCGGGAGGGUCGAGCAGCGUCGGUGCAGAGGAAGCGAGUGACGGCAGCGACGCUGAGCGACCCCGGCGAGGACAUCAUCUCCGUGUCCCCACACCCGCCCUUCCACAGUAA